AUGCCUGGAUCUGAAGCUUUUCACUUCAAGGAAGGAGCUUUACCCUCUGCUAUUCAGCUCAGGCAGCCCAGGUCUCACUGCAUUCUUUGCUGCAAACUGCAGGUUACCAUCUUCACCUUUUUCAAUUGCUUACAGAUCUGUAUUGUAAUUGUUGCCGUUGUAACGAGUGUUUUGGACUCUGACAGUGUCUGGAACUUGAAAUUUUCUCGUCUCUCCUUGGAUGAAUGCCUUAAAUGCUAG